AAUAAGUAUUUUAAGUAUCCUUAACAGUGUUGUCAACUUUUUCUGAAUCCUCAGCGGUGUAGUAUACAGAUGAGACAGAGUUGCUGCACGAGCAUGUGAGGUUGGGGAACAGAAUUUAGAGAGGACAUGAUCAAGCAGUGAAUGAUGGAAGAAGAAAGUCAAUAUUCACUCAUGGUGGGCAUGAUGUACUUGUUUAAUGCAAUGUUUGGACUUGGAAUCUUAGCCCUGCCAAAAGCCUUUGCUGAUGCAGGCUGGCUGACCAGCAGUGUUAUCUUGGCAUUCGCCAUGGUGAUGAGCUACAUUACUGUGACCUUCCUAAUUGAAGUAAUGGCCUCUGCCAAUGCACGAGUAGUUUGGAACAGGAAAAGUGACAGCUACAAAGAGAAUGAAAUUAAAUUGAAAGAAAAUAUCCUUGUGCCUGAGAAGAGAAGAGAAGAGCCUACACACCAGAAGACUUUUUACUCAGAAUUGUUAUCAAAGUGCCUCUGCUGCUGUUACCUGCCAGACGAUCCUAAACCAAGUGUGUUUGAUAUAAAUGAGCUGCUCUCCCUGACUGAUUUGACAAAGAUGUACUUCAAUACAGUUGGAGACCUUUUGAGUCGGAUUACAUUGAUGCUGGGUAUUUAUGGAUCACUGGCCAUGUUCCUGACCAUGGCUCCCUUCAGUCUUGCAGAACUCUUCUGCCAACAAGAGACAGGCCGUCACCAACAGGAAUAUUCCUUGGAAAUUUUGGACAGUCUAGUUGAAAAUGGACUUGUUUUGUAG